AUGCCGUCGGAUAGACCGUUCAAACAAAGGAGGACAUUUGCUGAUCGGUGCAAGGAGGUUCAGCAAAUCCGAGAGCAGCAUCCAAACAAGAUCCCCGUGAUCAUUGAGAGAUAUAAGGGCGAGAAGCAGCUUCCAGUUCUGGACAAGACAAAAUUCUUGGUUCCAGAUCACGUGAACAUGAGUGAGCUGGUCAAGAUCAUCAGACGUCGCUUGCAGCUGAACCCCACACAGGCCUUCUUCUUGCUGGUGAACCAACACAGCAUGGUGUCUGUGUCCACCUCCAUCUCUGAGAUCUACGAGCAAGAGCGGGACGAGGACGGCUUCCUCUACAUGGUCUACGCUUCGCAGGAGACCUUCGGCUGCUAG